GAAAGGAAAAAAAACGUGUUUUAACCCCACUGACUGCAAUGAAGUCAGGACGUGCCUGGGCUUGUUCACCACUUGCGCAUGACAACCAAUAGGCUACACCUGUUGGCUUCACGCAGUAAGCAGAAAGCUAGCUUCACAAUCAACAGCCCUGAUGGAAGAGGAGACGGAGACAGCAGCUACUUCGGCUACAAAUGAAGAGGAACCUGAUGAUGAGCAUCCCUGGCCGUAUUUGAACACAAUGUUCUCUUAAGUUGAUGUGAAGGAUUCGUCCUAUCGAAUGAAGUGCCUCUUAUGCCUUCCAAAAAACAUGGAAAUUCUAUCUUAUAGAAACUCCCCGUCCAAUCUAAAGAAACACAUCGAGGUAAGUUCUAGGUUUAUGAAAUUGUUACAGUAUAUUCCCAUUUCAGAAACCAUAGUAUGAACCCAGCGCAACUUGCAUUUCUCACUGAAUAUGCUGCUGUAAUGAGCCCUGUCGCCCAAGCAACCAACAUACUGCAAGCAGAGACCAACGCACAAAUGGGGUGGCUACUUCCUACAAUCCACCUGCUGACGGUCAAACUCGACAAGGUCAAGUUGCAGCUGAAGUACUGCAGGCCUCUUGUUGAUGCUCUACAGUCUGGAAUUCAGAACCGUUUUGGGCACAUGUUCAGGGAUGCUGAGCUGGUUGCAGCUGCAAUUCUUCUUCCCAAAUUCCGAACGACAUGGACGAAGGACGACGCUACCAUCAAAAUGGGAAUCGAUUACAUCAAGCAGCAUAUAGAGGAUCCCUCCCUCCAGCCGGGUGCGACCAGGUCAAGUUCAUCAGAUGAGGAUGACUUCUUCUCGUCCCUGCAGGUGUCGAAGACCCAAGAUGGUGCCAAACAGUUGGAUGCCUACCUGUCCUGCUCAGCUGACCACAUGGACUUGCUGAAGUCCUUCCCUUCUGUUUGCAAGCUGUCUUUCAAGCUCAACACACCACUGCCAGCAUCAGCAGCAUGCGAAAGGCUGUUCAGCAUAGCAGGGCUUGUUUUCAGCCCACGAAGAGUACGGCUAAAUUCUAGGCAUUUUGAAAGCCAGCUGCUUUUGAAGAUGAACAGAAAGUUUUACAGUUUCAAGUGAUGGAGGGGGUUAUGUGCAAGGAUGACCUCAAAGGAGGUUUAAGUUAGAGGGGAAGAAUAAAAAGGUCAAGGGCAAAAGUGUGUAUUGGGGAUGGGGAAGUGGGGCUUGAAUGUGCAAAAAGAAAAUCUGUUGGUGCUAUGUUAAAUGUUAAGAUUUAGUUUAUAAAGUGCAAUAACGGUAGCAGCUCUUUUUUGUUUUAUAUUUUGUCUUGAUGGUGUGAUGUACGCCUCAUUUUCAGUACUAUUUUAUUUUUCAAAAAAAGGUUUCAAACUGUGGUCACCCUCUUCAGAUGCCAGAUAAGCUUCAGUUUUCUCCAAAUUACUUUUUUCUUUUGAUUAUUAUGACAGCAAUUGGUCGUGUAUGCACCUCCAUAGUUUAUAAAGUGCAAUAACAGUAGCAGCUUUUUUAUGUUUUUUUUUUUCUUAAUGGUGUGAUGUAUGCCUAAUUUUCAGUACUUUCUCUUAGUUUAAAAAACAAAGGAAAAAAAUGAGAAAAAAAAGUGUCAAAACUGUGGUCUCCAUCUUCAGAUGCCAGAUAGGCAGCUUCAUUUUUCUCCCAAUUAAUUUUUUUCUUGUUUAUAAUGGUUGUGUGUGCACCUCUAUUUUCAGCAGUGUAAUUGCUUGUCAUGAACCAUUGGUGACA